GAGAAGGCGCCGCCACCGCCGCGACGGACACCCACACCGUCACCAGCCAGGUCAGAGUCGCAGAAGAACCUUUCGGACUACGAGGGGGAACUCUCCAGGUCGCCGUCGAGACCAAAAAAGCGAAGGGCCGCACCGUCUGGGUCCCCGGAGCGGGUGCCGCCAACGCAGUUCGAAGACUACGAGCCAGCCGGCGAUGGCAGUGGCUGGUAUGUCUACAAGAAGACAGCAAAAUGGAAGUUUCACCCGGAAACGGGUCUCUAUUUCCACUUGAAGACACAGGUGUACUACACACCAAAGGAAAGUGACAAUCGCUUCUUCAGAAGGAUCGACGACGACGACGAUCCCCUGGUAAAGAAGAUGAAACAGUCCGAAGAGAUGCGAAGAGCCAUCUCAAAGACAGAAUUUGUGAAGUUUGAGGUGGAGGGCGCUCAGGGUGAGGAUGGUUCUGCCCGCGCCGAAGAGCCAGCGCCUGCGCCGAAGGCGCCGGAGAAGGAGGAGGAUACGCGGAUGGACGGCCGGGUCAACAAGUGGGACUCGGAGAAGGGCUUCGGCUUCAUCAUGCCCGCCGGGAAGGAGGAGGGCGGAGAAGUCGGUAAAGGCCUUUUCGUCCACCGAAAGUUCAUCGUGGGCAGCACUCCGACGAACCCAAUCAAUCUAAAGGAGGGUGUGAAGGUCAGCUUCAAGCAAGGCACGCAGGACGGCAAGCCCUGUGCGCUCGAGGUGUUGAUGUUAGGUGCAGACGGCAAGCCACUUCCUAUCCACGCUGGCGCCCAGACGCUGGAGGAGAAGAAGAAGAGCUAUCAUGUCUCGGCCGAGUCGCUGGGCCUUCGGGUGCAUUGCGAAAGCUGGCCCGGGCUCAAGAAGACCCUCCAGGACCGAUAUGUCAUGGACGAACCGCUCGAGGAGCUCGGCGUCUACUUCGCCGUCCUCGACGGUCACGGUGGAACACAGGUGGCGGACAUGGUGAAGGAGAAGCUUCACAAGAAUGUCCUCCAGCAAAUGAGGCAAAAACAGGUUCAACCUGCGUCUCGGGACGAGAAAAUCAAGCUGGCCAUCAAGGAGGCGUUCCUCCAAACCGACAAGGAGAUUUUGGCCCUAGCGGAGCGCAAGAAGUUUGAGCUUGUUGGCUCCACUUGCGUUUCAGUGAUACUGCAUGGCAACCCGAAGCUGGGGACAGCCCUGCGUUUGGUAGUGUCAAAUCUUGGAGAUUCGCGGGCCGUCCUUUGCCGUGCAGGGCAGGCCGUGCCAGCCUCCGAGGAUCACCGACCAACUCGAAUCGAUGAGAAAAAACGCAUUGAGCGAGUUGGCGGUCUCGUUUUGCAGGUUCGUGGAGCUUGGCGCGUUGCCACCUCGACGAAUCCCAAUUCCAUGAACAAGGCUGCCAGAAGAGAAUACCAGGGCCUCGCCAUGACCCGAUCUUUCGGCGAUCUGCAUUUCAAGCGGCCCAUCGGGCUGGCCAUUGCGGAGCCGGAGGUUCGGAUCGUUCCUCUUUCGGACAAGGACCUGUUUAUAGUUCUUGCAACGGACGGCGUCUACGACGUCCUCAGCAACCAGGAAGUUAUCGACCUGGCCAUGAGGCAUUGGCGAGAGCCCGAAGAAGCCGCAAAGAACAUUGUCCGAUCAGCCUACAAACGCGGGAGCGAGGACAACCUGACCGUCUUGGUGGUGCAAUUUGGUGGGACCAGCUGA